AUGGACUUGUGGAACUGGGAUGAAGCAUCGCCACAGGAAGUGCCCCCGGGGAACAGGCUGUCAGGGCUGGAAGGAGCUGAGCUCGGCUUCUAUUUCCAUGAACUGGCGCUCCAAGGAAACACGCUGACAGAGGAGACAUCCUGGAAAGGUGUUUGUGGGCUGGGACUCCUGAGGCCGCCGCCACAGCGGGACUGGAGUUCUGCGUCACCGCACCCAGAAGCUCCAUGCGGGGCGGAACACACCUCUCGGGCUCUUCCAUGGUCGGGAGACUGGACUCACAUGGCUUGCACCCGCUCAGAAGCUUGGAGCAGCGACUCGCCGGCCCUCGGCCCCGCCCCUUCUAGCCUGAACCCCGCCUCCUUCGCGGGGUCUAAUGGGGUUGAGGGCCAGGACUACACCACCUCCUGGAAAGGAGCCAACUGGUGUUCGCGCGCCCCCGCCGCAGCCAGCACCACUAGCUGGGACUGUUCUAUUGGCUCCGACGGCGCCACCUACUGGGGCAAGGGCUUCGGCGAGGAGCCGCGCGCCGACUACACCACGUCGUGGGGCGAGGCUGCCUGCGGCGACUAUCCCACCCACUGGGACUCGGGGCUGCAUAUGGAUUGCACCACCUCUUCGAAGCAGUACCAGAGUUCAGAUAUCACCAUUUGCUCCGAACCGAGCCAGCAGUCGGACCGCACAACUUUGGCUCGUUACUCCAAAACUAACCACCGAGGUCCCAUUCAGCUGUGGCAGUUCCUUCUGGAGCUGCUUCAAGACGGGGCGAGUAGCAGCUGUAUCCGCUGGACCGGCAACAGCCGCGAGUUCCAGCUGUGCGACCCCAAAGAGGUGGCGCGGCUGUGGGGGGAGCGCAAGAGGAAACCCGGCAUGAAUUACGAGAAGCUGAGUCGAGGCCUGCGCUACUACUACCGCCGCGACAUCGUGCGCAAGAGCGGUGGGCGCAAGUAUACGUACUGCUUCGGGGGCCGCGUGCCCUGCCUGGCUUCUCCCGACCGCGAAAGAGGUGAACAGGGAGCAGCGACCCAAUAAAAAUAUCCCGUCAAA